AUGACCAAGGUCACCAAACCCAGAGCCAAGAGGUCUCGUAAUGGCUGCGUAAGCUGCAAGAAAUUGCGCAUCAAGGUAUGUUCGCUGGUCCCCCCCCCCCUUCGAUACUAGAGUUGUGUCUCUUGAUAGUUCAAGUAUACUGACUGAAUCUCAAAACAAAAAAAAGUGCAGUGAAGAGAAACCAAGUUGUGAAUAUUGCUUGCACACAGGCCGCGAGUGCGUUUAUGCGUUGAGUUCUGCAUCGUCGUCGUCGUCGCUGAUAUUGGCACCUCCUAGCGUCCCGUUAGAACCAAGAUACUUGCCCAGGUUUGAAAAUUUAGAGCCAUCGCCAUGUUGUGCGAGUGAAUGCUCGACAGAGCACCCUUCUUAUCAAUCCAGUGUAGCAUACGAUGAUUUCCGAUCCAGCAAUUCAUCAUCAUCACCACCAACAGCUCCAACAUCAGUGCUUGAUCAUUUAACUCCUCAAAUGAAAGCCAUGUUGUUACAUAGAAAACGGUCCAUUGAAGAAGGCAAGCCAACGGAACUCGACCGACUUACCCGCGAGUUGGUCUUGACUCAAGCUUCAACAAUGUUGGGAAUACUGAGAUUCGAACUACGACUAUUGAAAUUUUUCGAUGCUGAGUGCGUUCAGCUUUUUUCGUUUGGGAUAAACGAGGGCAUUCACAAUGCGUGGAAGUUUAAAGUUCCCCAGCUAUUUUUGCACAGUCAUCUCGUUCGACAACUGAUGUUUUCAUUUGCGGCUUUGGGGCUAAGCACGACGAUGGACUUGGAGUCGCUACAAUUGAUCGAUAAUGUGGCGGCAAGUGGCGAUGAAGAAUGGUGGGUUUGGAAAAAAUUGGGUCGCGAUAGCGACAGCGAUGGUGACUUUACUGAACCCGCUUCAAGUAUCGCGUGCUACGACCUUGACAAUAAGAAUCGUGGUAGAAGCCUAUAUUUGCAGACUACCGCGUAUUUCUUGGAGGCAUUAGCGAAAGCCAGAGAGAAAUUGGGCGAGGUUGCCGCCGCCACAACAGCAGCAGCAACAGCAGCAACAGCAGCAGCAGCAACGGGUGCUGCUAUGUUUCAAGACCCCAUAGUAGCGAAAGAAUUGGUCAUUUCCAGCAUCCUCAUGUUUUCAUUCUUGGGGGCACAGCCUCACAAUUUGAUCAAACUAAUAAACUUUGACAAACAGCGCCGGGAUGAAGAAUCAGAUUACAUUUCGGUUGCCGCUGGAUGUAGGGAAACGAUCAAGAACUGCGGCAGCACAAUCCUCCAGACGGAUAUAAGCGGCCUCUUGUUCUACAACCCCGAAAAAGAAUUGCUUGCUCCUGGUUUGAAACAAUGCCGAUACCCCGUAAUUCAAGAUUUGCUUUUGCAGUUGAAUAAUUUCACACAACAAGUACAACUAGAACAGCUAGAACAGGAUCAGGUUGUGAGCCUGCAAACGUCAUUUGAAAGAACCACAUUGAGACUCACAAUUGAUACGCUUGUCAAGGCCCUAUUUGGCUGUCGGCAAUACAAGAUGCCAAUACCUAUGUACAGAUACAUUAUGUUGUUUUCUGAUGACUUCAAAAAUUUGCUAUAUAGCAAGCACCCGUAUGCGUUGCGAAUAUUGUUUGUUUACGCUUGUCUUUGCUCGAUUGUCAGGUUUCAAAUGUACCGAGAAUACAACAUAUGGCGCGACUAUAUCUUGUGGUAUCGGGCGGAAGUUGAUUCGCAAAACUGGGCAUGGCAUGAGAUGGAUGAUGCCUUCUAUUACUUGGUGGUGGAGAAACACUUUAUGUUUUCGCAGUUUCCAGAUCUACCGUUUUUGGACCCGAUCGACCUUCGAGGGAGGGAGUUCAAUGACGAGGGUCAGCUUAUCGAUUGA